AGCUGGCAGUCAGCUGUUGGCAUUUGCAGCGAGAGCUUAUAAACCUGAGCGCGUUUUUCCGUUUUUACCGGCAUCUACUUGCACUUGUCGUUUCUUUGCCAGUGACCAUGGCCACUUACGCUGCUUAUAGACACAUCGAACUUGACAAAGUUGGCUACAGCAAAAAGAGAGUACGCAAUCCAUCCAGCGAGAUCUUCAACGUUUUGUGCACACCACCGUCGAAUGGUAAUUCGCCAGCCUCCAAGCUAACACCUCGACGGUCUUCUCAUUCUGAUUCUUUCACACGUUUGUUCGGAACUCCAGAACCCAAGAAGGUGACACCUAGAAGAGCCUCGUUGACAAAGCAAGAUGUCAUAAAUCGCAACCCAGUCACUGGUGACGGAGUCGCCUCUUGGGACCAAAAGCCAGCGAAUCGUAACACACCCAAAGUCCAUAAUGAGAGAAACCCAGUAACAGGAGAAGUGUACACCAUUGUGACCCCAGCUACAACCCCAACCAAACCUGUCGAAAACGGUUUUGCCCAUGUCAAUGGAACUUCCACUCCAAUGGUGAACGGAAACCAUGAACCCAUGAAUGGGAACGUCGCGACUGAAUAAGUGCUUUUAUCCGGACUUUUCUUUACUCCACAUUCGUCCAUUUUUUACUGUUCUUUUUUGUUUCAUAAACCAAAUUUUACUGUAGAACUUAAAUAUAUACGUAGAUUUUAUAUAUUUUUAAGUAAUAAAUUAUACUAACAUCUGGGCACUAAUAAAUAAAGGAGUAUUUAUCGAGUGCGACUUUCCGAGACGGUUAACUAAUACAUAUAAUAAAAUAUUUAUUGCCUCUCUUACAUUAUAAGCAAUAUAAUAGUUCGGAUUUACUAGUUUAUCCAUAUCAUCAUGUCUUUAUGCCUUCAUAAAUCAUGUUAGUUUGUAAUUUCGACUAGAAGCUUUUAUAUCAUGUUUUUAAUUAUAUUACUUCCUAGGAGUAUUUUUAUUUUUUACGUUAUGAACGAAGAGUAUUGUAGAAUAAAUUUUUAUACACAUA